AUGCCAGAUCAGGAAAAUGUGGUGGAUUUGGACAUGGACCUAGGCUUAGAUCUUGGCACCGAUAUAUUUCCGGAUCUGCUGGAUCUGCCUCCGCCUCUGAACCUCUUCAAUGGCAUGUGGAUGACCCCGAUACAAUCCGAGGGAGCUUCUGAGUCGACACCAACUUCUCUCACAAAACCAUCUCAACAAUCCAACCCACUGAUCCCCGAUUCUGUCGCCGAAAUUUACCACCAGGGCUACUCACCAUCUACGGAGGCGGAAGCAAUGGAACCACGCCAAUAUCACCCUACGGACCCCAGUGUUGACGCACAGCUAUCUUUCCCAGAUAUGAGACAGGUACAUCUGGACCAGGUGGACCAAGAAAACUUCGCCCAUGUUCCCGAAAUUCGACAAGAUACAGUCGAUGAGGUGACCAAGCUAGCCAGAGCCAUGGAAUAUACCCCGACAUUCCCUCCAUUUACAGAUCUUCGCGUUCCACCAGCACCUGUCAUUAAUGCCUGGGUGCAAUUAUACUUUGAACACUUUCAUCCCGUCUUUCCUGUUUUGCACAAGGCAAGCUUCGGUUCGGCUGGCACGCAUUGGCUGCUAGUGUUCGCUGUCAGUGCUAUUGGUGCUCAAUUCUCGCAACUUCCCCAGGCACACAUUUGUUCAAGGGCAAUGAAUGAAGUAGUUCGUCGCCAGGCAAUCUACCUGUGUGAAAUUCAAAAUAGGCUUGGCCGAGAGCUCUGGAUGGUGCAAGUUAUCUUGCUCAAUCAAAUCGCCAUGAGAUACUCUGGUGAACGCAGAGCACUAGAAAUCGCAGAGUUCCUACAAGCGCUGCCUGUCACCGUCGCCCGACGAAAACAGCUUUUUACCGACGUCAUGUCUCUAACAAAUAUGUCUUCCUUGGAUCUAUCACUUCAACAGAAGUGGCAAGUCUGGGUACUGGACGAAGAACGACGGCGGACUGGUUUCGCUAUCUGGCUCAUUGACCAAGCAUGCGAGACCCAUUUCGACCUUACUCCAAUUAUGAGAAUUGAGGAGCUGCAGAACUCGCUGCCUCAUGAGGAAAACCGCUGGGAAACCUCGAAUGCUCAAGGAUGGGCCUGUUCUUCUCAUGACCCAGGUUCGUGGCUCGCCAGUGUCUUCACCGUUGGAAAUUUGCAUACUUAA